AUCUGCUACCUUCCUUGUUUGGCAAUUCCAUUCAAAUUCGUCUUUUUAUUAUAAAUAAGCUUAUAAAAUGACAACUUCCCCGGUUUAUUUGAUCAGGGAAAUUCCUUAACUGAGAUCCAAUGGGAUUCCUCCUUACUUUUCAUCAAAGGAAGUUUUAAUCGUGUUAAGAAACAAGACGGUCUUCGUAAAGAGAAGAGGACAGAUCCACCCUCCACAGAGAAAUAUUUUGAGGAUUAACACGAAGAUAAAGUUAUACUAAAACAAAGUACUUUGCACUUAAAAAAGCAACAAAAAUGUAAGGGAAGAGACUUAACCAACCCAAACUCCUGAAAGUCAUUUGACAACGGGUCACCAUGACAGCAGCCAAUGGGGAGGCACCGGUUGAUAUGAUGGCGUCUGCCACGCCAGAGGAUCUGGCUCUGCUGGCAAAACUGGAGGAAGCAAACAGGCAAUUUGAACAAGACACCAAGUCCCUGAUCAGCACCACGUCCAGAGGUUCAGUAUCUGGUCACUCUCGGAAAGGGUCAGACAUCUCCAGUAACUCCAUCACCAGCACCCUCAGUAAUCUAACCCUGGAUGACCAGUCUAGCCCCCAGGAUGAGUAUGCUGUCUGGGGGAAGGUGAUAGGAGACUGGGAGACAUAUGCAAAGAAGAAGACAUAUAUCAGGGAUCUCGUAAGGAAAGGCAUUCCACAUCACUUCAGAGGGUUGGCAUGGCAACACGUCUGUAAUGCCCAUGAUUCCGAGAACAAGGAGCUGUACGCAGAAUACCUGAAGAAGACAUCACCUUGCGAGAAACUCAUCAAACGUGACAUCGCCAGGACGUACCCAGAACAUUCUCUGUUUAAAGACAAGGAUGGCUUGGGGCAGGAGAGCCUCUUUAAUGUUAUGAAGGCUUACUCCAUAGUGGACAGAGAGGUGGGGUAUUGCCAGGGAAGUUGCUUCAUUGUGGGACUGCUGCUAAUGCUGAUGCCAGAGGAAGAAGCUUUUGCAGUACUGGUGAAGCUGAUGAAGGAAUACAGACUGAGAGAGCUGUUUAAACCCAGCAUGACAGAACUAGGACUGUGUAUGUUCCAGCUUGAGUGCAUGGUGCAGGAUCAGCUUCCAAGUCUGUACAUGCAUUUCCAGUCGCAAAGCUUCCACACAUCAAUGUACGCCUCUCACUGGUUCCUGACUCUGUUCACCACUGCACUACCGCUAGAGAUGUCAUUUAGAGUGAUGGACCUGUACAUAUCUGAGGGUAUGGAGAUCAUCUUCAAGAUUGGUAUUGCCAUACUGCAGGACUGCCAGAUUGAGCUGAUGACCUGUGAUAUGGAAGGGAUGCUCAAGUUCUUUCAAAAAGAUAUGCCAGCCAAAUAUGAACAAGAUUAUGAGAGAUUGUUGAGCAUAGCCUAUGAUGUCAAAUACAAUGCAAGGAAAAUGAAAAAAUUGGAAAAAGAAUACACUACAUUGAAGGCAAAGGAGAAUGAAGAACAAAUAGAAUUAAGGAGAUUAAGGACUGAAAACCGACUACUGAGGCAAAGGAUAGAUAACUUGGAAAAGGAGACUGCCACUCUGGCAGACAGACUGAUCCACAACCAGGUGACCAAAGCCCAGGAAGCAGAGGAAAUGUUCAUCUUAAAGCGGGACAUGUCUGGGAUGAGGACGCAGAACGAGGAGUUGAAGAAACAGUUGGAGGAGGCACAAAACACCAUCAAACAGUUGCAGAAAGAAAGGACGUCCAGUGUAACGUCCACUACAUCAGUGGACAGUGAGCAGGAGGAGGUCAUCAAGCAGUUGCAGUCAGAGCUGGUCACUGUGCGACUCAAGGCUGCUGACCAGAGCUGUAAUGUCAAAGAAAUGGUGGACAAGAUUAGAGAAUUAGAAAAUACAAACAGAAGACUGCAAACAGAGCCAGAGUCAGAGAUCGCCUCAAUCCAAGAGGAACUGAUCGCUGUGAAGUUACGGGAGGCAGAGGGACGCCUGGCUGUAAAAGAACUCAGGCAGCAGAUAAAAUACUUGACAGACUAUUGGGAUAAAUACUGGGAGAAGGUGAAUGCCAGUCCUAAAACCAAGGAGAAGAACAGCAAGGCAGUGGUCCAGAACCUGCAGGAUGAGUUGAUGGGGGUGAAACUGAGAGAGGCCGAGUCCCUGGCAGACGUCAAGGAAAUGAAGGCCAGGGUCAUGGAGCUGGAGACGCAGAACCAAAUCUGCAGCCACCAGAUCAGAAGAAUGGAUGAGGAAAACAAAAAGUUGAAAGAUAAGAUAGAAGCAAUGGGUGAAAAAGAAAAGGAGUUGAGAAAUGAAAUACUGGCACUUGAAAGAAAAUCUGCAGACAGUGAAUCAAGGGUAAGAGAAGAAAGUAUGAUGACAAGAAUAAAGAAUGCUGAGCAUUCUACAACAAUAGCAGAAAUGAGACAGAAGAUUGCAGAGCUGGAAAUACAGAACCAAGAACUUGUGACUGCAGGUCAGUUACAGAGUAAAGGAGAGACCCAGGACCUGGAGAACAGGAUAGCUGAUCUACAGGAUGAGGUGUUGCAGCUGAGGAUGAGCAAGAUAAAGAACAUGCACCUGCCAGCCACACAUCCUUUUGGCUCAGAGUCUGGGGACAGUGACGCAGAGGAGGAGGCUGUAUCAGGAAACCUUAAUUUGCACUCAAAACUCACUGGCACUGACAGCAAUUCCAGUGAGGGCAUGAAUGGACUACGUAUGGAACUGGCAGGGGAUCUGAUCACCCCAUUGCCUAGCAACCAUAACAACAACGACAUUGGCAUAAAAGGCUCUAUUUCUCAGAACGGUGCUAUAAUUAGUAAUGACCAGUCAGGUUCUCGUCAUUUGAAUGGCAAACAUGAGACCAAUUUUGAACAGUCAGGGUCCAAUACAGCAAACUCAAAAGUCUUAGGAAAUGGGACGAAUUCCAGUGGACCAAAUGCACAGUCCAAUAUGGCUGCAUUGGAGGGAGAUCAGGAGUCCGUAGGAGCCGUAUGAGAUUUGUUUGCCCUGGGGAGCUCGUGCAAUAUAGUGAUCAUUUAAAGUGGAGGGAGUAGGAAGGGGGAGGGGGAAUUAGGCCAGUCUUCUGAUCAGAGUUGGAGUGGCACGGAGUGGAGAAACACUGUCUCUGCUGUCAUUGAAAUGGCCCCCUCCUUCUUUUUGGUGCCAGUAAUGGUUGUGUCAUUCUUAUAUAUAGGAAGAUGUAUUGAUGGUCAGUCACAGAGCUGUGGUCAGAUGUCUGGAGAUAUACUUAGUAUGUCACAGUGAGCCAGGACUGAUGUAACACACAUUUUUGAGUCUAGAAAUAAUGAAAAUAUCUGAUGGAAUUCCACAUUUUAGUUCAUCAAUCAAAACUCUCAACUUUUUUUUUAUUUCCUGUUAUCCAUUUUUGUUUCAUCCUUUCUUUAUAUAUCUUUAGAUCUUGUAGAGUAGACAUCGGCUGUUAUAUUUUAACAUUGUCAUAACAAUACAUAUUUCCCUAAGAGUCCUAUGUGCUCAAUAUGGGUUUCUGAUCUAGUCAGACACUGAGGUGCAGAUGAUCAAGAUGUGAUCAGAUUCUAUGCUUUCGCAUUGAGUUCAUUUAUAUCUAGUUUCAAUAUGCUCUGGUUAUUUAAUAUGUAAAAAUCUUAGGGUGUUGCAUAUUUUUGAUGAUUGGCUUGCCCAUUUGUACUUACUGUGCUUAUGAGUAUGUGCUAUAUACAUGUGCGGUUGUGAUGUUUUUCUGUCUAUGAAAAUUAACAAGCAGAUAUGCAGUUUUCUAGAAAAUAUACCACAUCAUGUAUAGAUUCAUGUUAACUUUGAGAUUGACACAUAACUUGCAUUUGUGUAUCUCUUGUUUGAGGUCGAAAUUGUGCAGACACACCAAGUUAUAAAUAUCAAAAGAACAAUUUCAAAUGCAUAAUGACAUAUCUAGAAAUAGGAAAAUUCUUAUUUUAGUAUCCUUUCUACAGGAAAGAUUCCUAGUAAGGGGGUAUUAUAAACGUACCUCCACACAUUGUCCAUACAUGAUAUAUAUCACAAAUAAUGGCAACAUGCAUAUGAGCUUCUGGAGUCGGUUAUGCUGUAAUCGAUGCAGUUUGAAAUGAGAUCUUUUACAUCUGACACAAUUCUGCCCAUUGGUAUUUUAGCAGUUUCAAUAUGAACUUUGUAUGGAAUCUUAGAGUGUAGGCCAGGGUGAUGUGGCACCAGGCGUUUUGACAUGUAGGUCACUGUCAACACAUUUUUGGGGGACAUUCAGUUCAUAUUGCAAAGAAAAUGAUGGAAGAGAUGAAAGUACCUCUCUCUAGUGGUCAAUAUUUCAUAGAUUACCUAAAAGGCAAAAUAUGUUUUUUUUACAUUCCUGAAAAUUAUCCUGCCAACAGGUUAAUCGUUAUGUGCAUUCAAGGAUUGUAAUACAAUGUGUAGUCAACAAAUUUGAUAUGGAGAGCAAAACUUGUGACAUUAAACCAUUUUAUUUUGUAAAUACAUGCAUGCAUUAUUGUUAUUUAAGCAGUUUCUUUAUAAAACAAGUGAUAUUUUUCCUCUCUGUAGUUUUAUGUCAAAAUGCUUUAUUUUCGUUUCAAUAUUUGAUUCUUUAGCAGAAUCUAAGAAUACCUCGCUGUUAAAAGUGAGAAUUUCCUUAAUGCAAAAUGAAAUAUUUCUAUUAUUUUCCAACAAAAUUUUCCAUUAUGCAGGUGCCAGAUAGAUAUAAAUGGCACCACAUUAGUAUUCAGAUAUAAUUUCUAUAUAGUGUUACAGUAACUGUUGUCUGGGCAAAUUAUAUAAAAUAUACAAGUGUUUUUAUAGUGCUGAUGACCUAGACUUGGCAUAUCACAGUGAGACCAAUUUUUUAUAAUAGUAAGACUAAAAGGUUCACAUUCAGAGGCAACUUUUGUAUUAGAAUUGUUGUAGUAAUCAUGAGUAUUUCAUCAGAUGACAGGUUAUUUUAUGCCACUGCCUCCAUAUAGUGCAAUACUCAAAUUUCAUGGGAUACAUUUACGACAACUACUCGUGAAACUGGCUAACAUCAGUGUAAAUGGAAUGUGAAUGUAUUUAGAGAAAUGAUUUUUUAGAAUGAUCAAUAAAUAUAUGUAUACACAUU